AGAGCAGUAUAUAUAACUGGCUAUGUCGAGGCCUUCUUCCCAUCUCAACUCGGCCAUCUAAGUAGUAGUGCGUUGACCUUGUCGAUCGACCAUGGCCACCACCUGCAAUGGCUUCGUCGUGCUUUGUUUCCUCUCCCUGCUUGCCUGUGCUGCCAUUAAUGGGCAGUUGUCGCCGACCUUCUACAGCAGUACAUGCCCGAAUCUCCAGAGCAUCGUGCGGUCGGGAAUGACGCAGGCAGUGAAUCGAGAGCAGAGAUUGGGCGCAUCCAUUCUCCGGCUUUUCUUCCAUGACUGCUUUGUCAACGGCUGCGAUGGAUCCAUUCUACUGGAUGACACGGCGACGUUCACCGGAGAGAAGAACGCGAUGCCAAACGCCAACUCUGUCCGUGGCUUCGAAGUUAUCGACACCAUCAAAUCCAGCGUCGAAGCGGCCUGCCCCUCUACCGUCUCCUGCGCCGACAUCCUCGCGCUGGCCGCACGCGACGGCGUAGUACUGCUUGGUGGACCAACAUGGACAGUGCCACUGGGGCGCCGGGACGCCACCACCGCCAGCCAAAGCGCCGCCAACAGCAACCUCCCAGGCCCCGGCUUCAGCCUCUCCCAGCUCAUAUCAUCCUUCGCCAACAAGAACUUGAACGCCCGGGACAUGACGGCGCUGUCGGGCGGCCACACCAUCGGCCUGGCGCGGUGCAUCAGCUUCCGCCCCCACAUCUACAACGACACCAACAUCGAUCCCAGCUUCGCGUCGCAGCGCCAGCAGAGCUGCCCGUCGUCCGGCGGCGACAACAACUUGGCGCCGCUGGACCUCCAGACUCCCACCACCUUCGACAACAAGUAUUUCCAGAACCUCGUCGCUCAUAGAGGCCUCCUCCACUCAGACCAGGAGCUCUUCAACAACGGUUCUCAGGACGCACUGGUGCGGCAGUACAGCACCAACGCUGCCGCCUUUGCAAGUGACUUCGCGGCGGCGAUGGUGAAGAUGGGGAACAUCAGCCCAUUGACAGGACCAAGCGGAGAGAUCAGGUUGAAUUGCCGGAAGGUGAAUUGAGUCCCAAACCAAACUUGGCUUGCUAUCCGCUGAUAUUAAUGGGUUGGAAUUUUAAGAAAUAUUAAAGAUAAUUCAGAAAAUAAAAUAAGUAUUAAUUAGAAUUAAAAAGUAGUGGGAUUAUAAAAGGAAAUAAUGAGAAGAUUACUGUAAUUUUAGAUUGAAUUAGAAUAAUUGCAUUA